AUGUCCCUGAAACCCAUAAGGCUCAGCAAGGAAGGGAAAUCAUCAUUGGCUUGGGAAUCGCUCGCCUCCUCAACGUUCCGGCGUGCUUUCAGAAUUUUCCCGUUGCCACUCUUUUCAUCGUUCAUAGUGAUGCUAAUGGUCCAACUGGGCAUGUUUGACUAUCCAUAUGUGACUCUACCGGGACACAUACCAACGCAUCCACAGAGACUGGAAAAUGUCCUUCAACAGUUUCUCGACUGGCUAAACUUUGCCUUUUACGAUCUCACAAACCCAUGGACAUGGUCGACUCACCUUCCAUUUGUUUAUGGGGCCCAUCUCUGGACCAUACCUCUGCAAUUCCGUUGUUCGCUAGUUCUCUUCAUUGCUCUGUUGGGCCUGUUGAGCCUCUACAGACCUUCUCGGACUAUCAUCCUUCUGGGUCUAAUUGUAUUCAGUCUACCUCAUGGACGAUGGGAUAUUGCGCUCUAUCUCGGAGGAAUGGGCUUGGCGGAAUAUGAUUUAGGCCGCGAAGAGCAAACUGCAGCCCUUCCUCCAUUUAUUCCUAGGAAUAGCACGCUCAUGAGAUUAUUGUCCUUGGUCAUACGACUAUCGCUUCUAGGUUUUGGACUUUAUUUCUCAUCCUUCCCUCGGUACAAGGGUAACUCGCCAGCCGCGGGAUACCACUUUUUGUACUCUCUAACCAACGAUUACCAUUACUGGCACGCCUACGGGGCGACUUUGCUUGUCUGUUACAUCGGCCAGUCGCGAGUUGCACAGUGGCUCUUUACGAGGAGGUGGACGCAAUACUUGGGGAAAUUGUCCUUUUGUUUGUACGUCGUGCAUGAACCGUUGUUGCAUGUACUGGGCUUCCGAACAGUUGAGCAUGCUUGGAGACUAACGGGAAAUGAUGCUCCACCAAAGCGUCACUUGGGUAUUGCGGGGGCCUUUGUUAUGACGACGCUUGUGCUCCUGUGGUUGGCGGAUUUACUUUAUUACUGGGUAGACAAACCAAGUGCUAAGAUGGCGCAGCGGAUAGAGAGAGUGUGCAAGGAACACUUUAGUUAA